AUGGUCCAACUACUGGCAGACCUCACACACUCGCAGAGUGGAACUCCUAUACAGGAGAAGGAGGAACCCACUAUGUCGAGGGAGGAGCACGCCCAGAGAAUGCGGGAGCUGAACAUGAAGCGGAGCAUGAUGAGGGCUCCAAGGCGGGGAUGGAGCAUGACGGAUUAUCAGGGCGACCACGCCCCUACCCAUUCGUUUCAUGCCACCGCGGCACACGUCGAUCGCCAGGUAUCGAUACCAGAGAACGCAGUUCUCCCUUCUCCUGCAAUGCCUCCGGCAAGCUCGACAAUGGACGAGAGUGUCCAGAUCCCUCGCCGACCAAAGAUGCCCCCGCCGCGUCGGUCGUACUCGGUGACAGAUAAGGAACCGGAGCCUGUCGCGCCGGGCCAGCCGCGACCGUCAGGGCGCAUGACUAUCCUGGAUCUCCCUUCCGAACUCCACUACUCUUUGUUCGACUUUCUCGACCCGAUCGAUGGCGUCUGCUUGGGGCUCGCCCACUCGAGGCUGUAUGCCAUUCACAAGCGAAAGUACGGCAAGGUCCCGCUGUGCAGCAGGUACUCGGGGCCCAACGAUAGAGAAUGGGCCUGGCGAGGCGCUGGCCCGCUCAUCCGCCCGAUGGAGCAGAAGCGCGACAAGGCUCCCGGCGGUCUGGACCAGCUUCGUGUCAAGGGUCAGGUGUAUUGCCGAAAGUGCGGCGUCUCUCGAUGCGAGCUGCACCGGCAUCUGAAGGACUGGAUGGGCGACGGGUACGAGUACUGCGGCAUCAAGCAGAUCUUCGGCAAGCCGGCGGGCGAAGACGCGAAGCCGUACUGCUUCAUGAGCUCACCGAAGAACCCUCAUCGGUGCGGGCGCCAUGGGAGGAGAAUUGUGUGA